ACUGACAAGUCAAGAACAGAAGAAGAAGAGAUCAACAUUUCUUUUUUCUUUGAAAUUCACUCGUUAAAAAAGAAUAAAAAAAUAUGUUUCUGAAUCAAAUUCAAAUAUAAAUCACAUAAAUUUUUUAAAUUCCCUUACCAAAGCCAAAUCACCAGCACAUGAUAAACGCGCGCAGCAUCAGCAUGCUGAAAAUGCUCAGACACUCCUGGCGCACGUUUCCACGGCGUUUUGCCACCAAGGUGACCACCCUGGGCGGCGACGAGGUGGGCAGCGGCACCGGAAUCGGCCAGAUCACCGGCGGCGUGCGGACGAACGAUGGGCCACAGAAGGUGAACACGCCUUCCAAGGAGAUCGUCACCCACCUUCCGCCACUCACUGAGCCAUUGCCCAACCUGCCGGAGGCCGUUUACGCGGCUCCCCUAGCAGAGAGCGCCAUCACCAAGGUGACAACGCUACCGAACGGUCUGCGAAUUGCCUCGGAACCACGGUACGGCCAAUUCUGUACCGUAGGUCUAGUGAUCGAUUCCGGGCCGCGCUACGAGGUAGCCUACCCCAGCGGCGUAUCGCAUUUCCUCGAAAAGUUGGCAUUCAACUCCACAGUCAACUUUCCCAACAAGGACGCCAUACUUAAGGAGCUGGAAAAAAAUGGCGGCAUCUGCGACUGCCAGAGCUCACGGGACACGCUCAUCUAUGCCGCCAGCAUUGACAGCCGGGCAAUCGAUUCUGUGACGCGUCUGCUUGCGGACGUCACACUACGGCCCACACUCAGCGAUUUGGAGGUGAGCUUAGCCAAACGUGCCGUCAACUUUGAGCUGGAGACGCUGGGCAUGCGGCCGGAGCAGGAGCCCAUUCUUAUGGACAUGAUCCACUCGGCGGCUUACAGGGAAAACACCUUGGGCCUGCCCAAGCUGUGUCCGCUGGAAAACCUGGACCACAUCGAUCGAAAGGUGCUAAUGAACUACCUCAAGUUCCACCACUCUCCCACGCGGAUGGUCAUCGCUGGUGUGGGCGUGGAUCACGACGAGCUGGUGAACUAUGUGAAAAUGUACUUUGUGGAGGACAAGGCCAUCUGGGAGACGGAAGCCCUGGACGAUUUGGGACCCAAGCAAGUGGAUACGUCGAUUGCGCAAUACACCGGCGGCUUAGUUAAAGAACAAUGUGAAAUCCCCAUUUAUGCGGCUGCGGGUCUGCCGGAGCUGGCCCACGUGGUUCUUGGCUUCGAAGGCUGCUCCCAUCAGGACAAGGACUUCGUGCCGCUUUGCGUCCUGAAUAUCAUGAUGGGCGGUGGUGGCUCCUUCUCCGCCGGCGGUCCUGGCAAGGGCAUGUACUCGCGUCUGUAUACCAAGGUGCUGAACCGCUACCACUGGAUGUACAGCGCCACAGCAUACAACCAUGCUUACGCCGACACUGGGUUGUUCUGCAUCCAUGGCAGCGCACCACCGCAGCACAUGAGCGAUAUGGUCGAAGUGCUGACCCGCGAGAUGAUGGGCAUGGCCGCUGAACCGGGCCGGGAGGAGCUAAUGCGCUCUAAGAUCCAGCUACAGUCAAUGCUGCUAAUGAACUUGGAGUCGCGACCUGUUGUUUUCGAAGAUGUGGGCCGCCAAGUACUGGUAACGGGGCACCGCAAACGACCCCAGCAUUUUAUCAAGGAAAUUGAGAGUGUGACUGCGGCUGACAUCCAGCGCGUUGCCCAGCGCCUACUAAGUUCCCCGCCCUCGGUGGCCGCCCGCGGCGACAUCCACAAUCUUCCUGAAAUGAGCUACAUCACCAACGCAGUGAGCGGUUCGGGACGUUCCGGGCUGGGCCGCCGCCUUUCCUUGUUUAAAUAGCGCUGGAUGUGAAACCACCACGAUCUGAGAGAUCAUUUCGCUUUGUUGAACUCGUAAUUCACAAUUUUGUACGAAGGGCAAUCAUGUUAAGUUUACAUUGGCUAAAAUAUUAACCAAAAUUCAA